AUGAAGAGCAUGAUCUCUUAUGGCGAUUCUAACGCUAAAUUUCUUGAAACAGUCGGAUGGGGAAUUGACAGCGAAAAUCAGCCAAUUCUAGACAAAUCUAGCCACAUAUUCAGUGGAAAACUACCACUAAAAUAUUUAAUGGGGUUCGCUGAGGAUUAUAAUAAAGGUAUAUUGAAUGUGAAACAGGAGCUGAUACUUAUCAUAGCUCGAUCAUUCAAAAACUGCUAUAUAGGAGAAGUUGAUGCCAGUGUGGAGAUUAACAAAAUCGAAUGGAAGAUAGGACAUAUUAUGCCAUCGGAUAAGCAGAGGUUGAAAUUACUGAACCGUCUCAAUAAAAGUUCUACAGCAAAAGUGAAAAUUGCAUACAGGAUGUGGGAUCUGUAUGAAUUACCGUCAAUUCGUGAAACAUCUUCAGACAUUUGGGCUGUUAAAACCACCAAUAGUCUCGAGCGACCAAGGUACAUUAUGAUAGGCUUCCAAAAUUCUGGUAACACAGAUAAUAGAUCCAAGGAUACCACCCAAUUCAUUCAUGCGGGAGUCAACAAUAUUCGACUGUAUUUGAAUUCGGAAGUUUACCCUUAUGAACGGUGGAAUUUGGAUUUUGGAAAGAAGUUAGAUGCUGUAGCCUAUUAUGCAUACGAUAAUUUCCAACGAAGCUAUUAUGGUAAAGACAUGAGCGAACCAAUGAUGAGUAUUGAGGAGUUUAGAAAAAAUCCGUUAUUCAUCAUAGACUGCAGCCAUCAACCGGACACAUUGACAUCUUCAACUGUCGAUAUCAAGUUGGAGUUUGAGACACGCCAAUCGAAAUUUCCAUCUAAUACCAAGGAAAUGUUUUCCAAUUUGUUCGGAUAUUCCGAUAGUGAGUUGGAUGAGAUAAUGCAAGAAUUAGAAAAUGGCGACGGAUGCACUGAGUCGAAUACUCGAGGUGGCAGUGAUGGGAGUGAUCCAACCGGGAACGUCGAGGACAGAGGUGUCCCCAUCUCUUUUACCCCUAUUCGAAUCAACCUCAAGAGGAAGCUCUCGACGGACAACGACGAAAAUUGGGUAGUAAUGAAUCAAAAACUUACUUCGACCAAUAAACUUGAUAUGAGACCGUAUAUUGAAUUGGGUGGACCUAUCGAUGAUAUUCUAUCGUUCCCACCAAUCAAGGCAUACGCUGCCAUCAAAAGCGAACUUGAGGAAGGUUUUCAGGAAAUCCAGAAGGAAGAAGAGAAAAUAAAUAAACGAAUGAAGAAAUUGGAGGAGGACAAAAAAAAACAUUUAAUAAAACAAAGCGAGAAUUGUUCCACUAAAAAACAAGCCAGCAAGAAGUUGAAGCAUGCCGAAGAAGCAUUGGAUGUGGCCACAAAGAUGUACCAGGUGUGGCAUAAGCAGAUGUCUGAAGCGUUCGAGGGUGACAGUCGAUAA